AUGAUUGAUUUACAUCGCCUCUCCUCCGGCUCCCCGACCCACAGCACACCCACACCCACCCUACCGCCGUCCACGCCGCCACCGCGAAGAUGUUAUCCCCGGGGAUUGUUGCGACACCGUGUCCCUCAGGACAAGCCACCGCCGCCGCUGGCAAUUUGUUUUGCCCAAAGUCCCAGAAAACAAUAUGAUGUCACGCGUUAUCCUCCUCCGGCUCUAUCCACCCCCGCCGCUCGAAAAAAAAAUCAAACUUUUAACAACCUGCAGAGAAGACCGACGACCUACGCCCGAAUGACAAAUCGACUCCGAGCGGCAGUCUUUUCGCCGGUCGUUCUGUGUUAUUUCAAUCCCUCUUUAUAA